AUGUCGAGCCGCACUCCACGCUUCGCCUGGCAGCCACCGCCACCAUGCUGCACCAUUUCCACCUCUGCUGUGCACCGCGCAAGGGCGAGCAAGAUCGUUUCCACGACGAAAGGGGAGGAACGACCGCCGUCGCCGCAGCCCCCACCCGCGACAAAGGCGAAAAAGGCACGCGCAAAAGCAGCCGCCUCGACGGUGCCAGAAGCCAAAGACGGCGGCAAGGGCAAGGAGACCAAGACACGCACCAAAAGGGCAAAAAAGGCCGCGAUACAGGACGACGGCCCCUCUGACGCCCCAGCAUCGCCGAGCGCAACAUCGCCGCCGCCAUCGACGGUGCAGCUGCGCAGCUCGGUGGCGCGCGGGACCGACUUUGAGAACCUGUGCAUCGAGGUGCUGGCCCGCGUGUUUGGCAUGGAGCUGGAACGCUGCGGCGGAGCCGGGGACAAGGGCAUCGACCUCAAGGGCUGGUGGCGCAUUCCUCGGCCACCUGUCCCCAACGCUACAACUGGAUCGGCAGGGACAGAGGAUUCGACGAGCGAGGGCGGGGCGAGGAUCCGGGUCGUGGCGCAGUGCAAGUGCCAGGAUGUGGGCGGCAAGAAGAUGGGACCCGUCCUCGUCCGAGAGGUCGAGGGGGUCCUGCAUCGUGCCCACUCUUCGUCCAGGACGGCCUCGCCGUCGUCAUCAACACCAUCAGAAGGGAGCGACGACGAUUCGGCCUCGACGUCGCCCGUCGUGGGCAUCAUCCUCUCGUCUUCCGGCUUCAGCAAGCAGGCGCUGAUGCAGGCCAGGUCGAGCGCGUUUCCCAUGAUGCUGCUCCACGUCGAGCAGCAGGCCGAACCGGCAGGUAGCUCAUCGGGGCAGCAGCCGCCGGCGAUGGGGGCCAAGUCGCUGCUGGAACGGUGCCAGGCCAUCGUGUGGAACGAGGGCGUGGCGGGACCGCGCGGGCUGCUGGCUGGAAGGAUGGAUCUGCGGUGGAAGCGCUCCCUCGUCGCUGGACGGGCCGACCGACCCGUCCUAUUCUGCGACGGGCAGAGGAUGACGUUCUGA